AUGGAUGCGGCUACCAGAGCCGACAGCCUUGCCGCAUAUGUCAGCAGUGAUUUCACAUCCCAAUGGGGUGGCAUUCUCACAUCACAUCUGGAGGGCAUCGUGCAGGCGGCACCACCACCACCACAACAGCAGGAGCAGAAAGAGCAGUCUCAGCAGCAGUCACCUGAAUCUACUGCAGCAGAGGCCAACGCCGUCACAAGCUCAGCAUCGCAAAGUGGCCAGAAGACCUCCAACGGCAAAAUUGCACUCAUCGUGCCACUAUCGGCAGCAGGAGUCGCUAUCCUCGUUAUUCUAGUGGUAAUGGUCAGCCUGAAACUCGCCAAGGCCAGGCGUAAGAUGAGGACGGUGCCGUUGAACGACCCACCAUCACCGUCAAGACGUAUGGCCUGGAAAUAG